AUGGCCAAAGCCUCCAGUGAUGAUCCAUGGCACGAAGUCUCCAGUGAUGAUCCAUGGCCCGGAGCCUGCAGUGAUGAUCCAUGGCACGGAGCCUGCAGUGAUGAGCCAGGGAAAGGAGCCUCCAGCGACGGUCCCCAGUCCGGAGCCUGCAGCGACUGUUCCCAGUCCGGAGCCUGCAGCGACUCCUGCAGCGACGGUCCCCAGUCCGGAGCCUGCAGCGACGGUCCCCAGCCCGGAGCCUCCAGCGACGGUCCUCAGUCCGGAGCCUGCAUCGAUGAUCUACGGUGCGGAGGUCCCGGCAACGAUCCCUGCAUCAGAGGCGCCACCAAAGUGGGGGAAGCCUCAAGCAGAGAGGGGUCUGCGUCCUGCACUGGAGCCCCACCGGAGCCCCCACUGAGAGAGCACAGAGUCAAAUCUGAGGCCAGUCCCAACAGAUCUGAGGCCAGUCCCAACAGAUCUGAGGCCAGUCCCAACAGAUCUGAGGCCAGUCCCAACAGAUCUGAGGCCAGUCCCAACAGAUCUGAGGCCAGUCCCAACAGAUCUGAGGCCAGUCCCAACAGAUCUGAGGCCAGUCCCAACAGAUCUGAGGCCAGUCCCAACAGAUCUGAGGCCAGUCCCAACAGAUCUGAGGCCAGUCCCAACAGAUCUGAGGCCAGUCCCAACAGAUCUGAGGCCAGUCCCAACAGAUCUGAGGCCAGUCCCAACAGAUCUGAGGCCAGUCCCAACAGAUCUGAGGCCAGUCCCAACAGGCCCGUCUUUAUCAAUUGCCCCCGAGGGUGUUAA